AUUUGGCACGAUCACCACACGUUAGAAUUAAGUUUAGUCACUUGACGUUGGCACACGUCAGUGUGUCAAGAUCAUUCGAACUAUCCGUCUUGCAUACUAUUCAAAAAGAAAUAGUUACGAUUAAUGAGUGAAAUUCAUUUUUAAUAUACAUUCUCAUUAAUUUAUUACUAAUACUGUUUAAUAGUAUUUUGUGUACUUUUGCUUACGUUCAACGACAACAAYAACAACUUAAAGAGUGUAAUUCAUAAAAUGAAAACGAGUUGAAAGUGAACGACAGGUGAAUUCGACAAGCUUAAAAGAGAAACACGCCCUUUUGAGUGGAAAAAGGAUGGAAAAAAGAAGAAGAAGAGGAGGAGGAAGAGGAGGGGGGGAGGUGACAGUGGUAACAGCAACGGUGGUAGCUCUGGCCACGGCCUUGCUGAUGGUGAUGCAGGGUGUGGUGGGUGAAGCCACGAGCAAUCCUCUCCGUGCCACCCACCUCACCCUCGAUCAAUACUCCCCUUCUUCAUCCCUGUACCACCAUGGACUAUUCGGGUUUUACGGAAGAAGAAGCAACAACGACGGAAACUCAGACGAAAACGAUUACUACCAUCAACAACAACAACAACAACAACAGCAGCAACAACAACAGCAACUGCAACUGCAACAAAAGGGUUUGCAACAGGGACAGUACCUGGUUAACCAGAAGUUCGGGGACGAUUCUAUAACCUAUCAAUCGAUCGAUGAUCGUCAUAAUCGACAGGAUUCGAUCGUUUCGAUCUCGGCCAAUGAUUAUCCGAUAAGAAUGAAAGCUUACGAUAAGGAUAAUAACGGAGCAACGAUCUCGAGAGACUUGUCAAGAAUGAACGUUCCGCAGUACAAUAAGGAAAGAUUUAAAAAUUUGUCUGGUAGAAAAGUAUUUGAUGAUAAUAAAGGUAGUAACAAUGAUUACGUAGUUCCGCCAAGCGAAAUGGACGACGAGCCCUUCGUUGCGGAUGAAACAUUUAAGGACGAGGGUCCUGGUUCCGUAGAAAUAUACAAAUUGGAUUUGUUCGAGGAGAAGAAACCUCGAGUGGGUCCUAUGUCGAAUGUAAAGGAGGGAACAAUGGUAGGAAAUUUUUUGACGGGAUCAUUAGCAGCAGCAAUACCAACACCGGUGACUACAACUACAUCGGUGACGAUAAAAACGAGUAAUAACAAAAGUAAAGUGCCGAAAAAAAGUUUUCGUCACGGCUGGAAGCUUGGUAAAGCGUCGAACGGGUCGUUCAAGUCAACGAUGAUAACUACGACGACUACGAGCGGUAAGAGCAAUAAGGACGGAAAGGACCUUCACGGUAGAUCGAAUUUCUUGGAUUGGGAAUUAAGGUCGGAAGUACCGACUAGCGUCGAAGGUUUCGGGGUAGGAGGCGUGCCCGAGUUACAAGUUGGUUGCGAGGGUCUCGAAGCUGCUGCUGCUGUUACUGGUACUGCUGGUGCUACUGGCGCUUCCUCCCCCUAUUUCUCGUCCUUUUCAUCUUCAUCUUCAUCUUCAUCUUCUUCCUUUUCUUCGUCUCCUUCUAUCAAACUAAAAAGAUCCGUCGAUAAUACGAACGUACGAAACGGUGGGGAAGAAGGAAAGGUCGAUCCUCCUGUUCCUUUAAACGUAGUACCGAUAUCUCUUAAUCUCGAUUACGAUUUAUCCGCCGAGAGUUACGAAGAAAUGGACGAGCUUUUGAAACUGAAAAAGUUCGAAAACGAGCCAAAGAAAAAUAAAGAGAAUCGCGGUGAUAUAGAUGCUACGUUAGAUGAUUUUUUGAUUCAGGAUAGAAACGAGAAGUUACCAGUAAGGGGUGACCUUGGCAAUUGGAGUGAACCAUCGGUGAGAUCGAUUAAAAGGGAUAACGAGACGAAAGUUAGAAGGGAAAGGAGUUCGGGAUCAGGGGAUACAGAAACGAGUGGAUACGUUUCGAAUUACAAGGGUCCUUCUAGAAAGUUACUUUGGCACGACACUGACAAUGAAGAUAGGGAAUCCGGUUUAUGGGGUUACGGGAUGGACGAAGGUGUAGUGUCCAGCGACGAAUUGGAUACCGAACAAAGAAGACGAAACAGAGUUGAACAUAGAAGAAGAGAAGAAAAGGAACAAACUAGCGAUACUGUUAACACGCAAAUCGAUAAAAUUAGAGAAGACUACGAAAGAUUGUUGGAAGAACAAAGAAGAAAACAAGAGGAAUUAUUACGUAAAUAUGAGGAACAAGAGAGAAGAAAAUUACACGAGGAUAGAAUGAGAAUGGAAGAAUUGCGUAAACGCGAGGAAGCCAGAAGACAAGAGGAUGAACUUCGUCGAAGAAAUUUAUUACCGAAUGACAGAAGAGAUUAUGACGAAAAACGAAGACAAUGGAUGGAAAAGAGAAGAUUGGAGGAAGAAAAUAGGGAAGAGGCAGAACGAAGAAGACAAAUGGAAGAAAAUAAAAGAAGAUACGAGGAAAUGCAACGCAGGAGAAUGGAAUCACCUGCACCAUCGAAUUGGGUGGAUCGAACUAGAAACGUAAGUAGGGAAGAGGAGGAACGUAAUCGUGCUGCACAAAGGCAAAGAUUAUACGAUUAUGAAAGAAGAAGGCAAAUGAUGGAGGAAGAAAGAAGGAGGAGACACAGAUUGGAGGAGGAAGAAAGAAGGAGAAUGGAAAUAGCGAGAUGGAGAAGUAGAGAAAACGUAACGCGACAUGACGAUAAUGACGACGACAGGCAAAGAAAAGAAGAAUAUCGAAGAAUAAUGGAAGAACGUAGAAGGAAACAGGAGGAAGAAAGAAAGUUGCAAGAUUACGUUAGGAGGAAUCAACCGGUCGAGGUUAGAUCCGAUUGGCAAAGAAGAAACGAAUGGAUUGAGGCACAAGAGCAAAGAAAAGGGAUCGAAGCUAUCAGGCAAAUGAAUAGAUCGAAUAGAUACCCUUUAAGUUCGGGAUAUGAUAGAAGACAGCACGGUCCAUCUGCACCGACUUACAUUGAUCCUAGAGUAUCCUUUGACAAGGCUAGAAGAAGAGAGGAAGAAGAAUAUCAACGACAAUUGGAAGAAGUAAAUAGACGUAGAAUGCUCGAGGAAGAACGUAGAAGAGAAAUUGAUAACAGAAGAGCACAAUCGAGAAGAUACGAAGAGGAAAGAAAGAGGAUAGAAAAUAUCAGGCUGCAAGAAGAAAGAAGAAGACAACAGGCUAUCGAGGAUCAGAGAAGACGUUCUGAAGUUUCGGUUAGAGUCAGAGAGAAUCCUGUUACAUCAGCACCGGCUUUUUUGACCGACAGAAGGGAUACUGAAAGAACAAGGGAACGAACGAAAGAAUGGCAAAGGGAACAACAAAGGAUCAGGGAGGAACAAGAAAGAAGAAGGCAAGAAAUCAUACGAAGGCAGCAACAAGAAAACAGAACUAAAACUCAAUGGGACAGAGAAAAUUACAGAAGAGUUAUGACAAGUCAACAUAGAAGGCAAGAAGAAGCCAGAUUGAACGCGUUACCAGUUAGUGCAAGUAUAAUAAUUCGCAAAGAAGGAUCCUCUCCUUCUUAUCCUACGUUCAAUUCGAGAAGCAGUUUUAUAUUCCCGGAUCAAAACAGUCCGAGUAUAAAGAUGGCUCAAUUUCCAUCAAUUUCUAGAAAUACAACGAACGGUCCUAACCCUUGCGUCUGGGCUGUUGUUCAAUGCUGUCCAACCAACACGAAUCGUCUCCUAAACUGUUUCGAGUUACUCGGUUGUCCUAGUGUCAAUUGGAAUUCUAAUCCCUGCAGACGAGAUAUCGAGGAUGCUGCGAGAGAUGAGGUCAUGCGAUUUUACAGUUCCAAUCAGGAAGAAGAAAAUUAUAAAUAAAUAACACACACACACCACCAAAAAAUUUUGGUAAAAUCAAAUCUACUUUUAGAUAAAUAUAAUUUUUUUUUCUUCUUUUUCCUACUUUACUCUUUACACUGCGAAUACAGAUAAUCAGCUUAGGACA